CACACGCAACUCCACCAUUUAAAUGUUUUUAAAAGUCUUGAGCUUCCCCUGUUUAUUAUAAGUGUGGACUGUUGAAAAGUGAGAAGAGUUCCUGCUACACGACUGAUCGACUGUCCUCGUCUCGUAUUCGGUAAAACAGCAUCAUGGGAUCCAGUGAGAGUAAGUUGGUUUCUGCACCAAUAAAACCAGAACCAGCAAUCAAAAACAGCCGGCUCACUGAUCUGAUAGACCCUCGCUCUCCUUCAUUAGAAAUUGACCGUACACCCAUCCAGGUCGAUGGGCUUGUUCCAAAAACCAAGUGUCCACUGGCAUUCACUGAUCCCCGCUCACCUACUAUUGGCGUUAGCCGCACCCCUGUCAGAGAAGUCAUGAGAGCGACAGUUGGAUCCUUUGCCCGCCGCCUGGGCAUGUUUUUGCACAGUGAGACAGAAGAAAAACUCCAUGAAGCCCCUCAGAAAUGCUUCAAUGAUGCCGUGGAGGAGGAGGUCUUGGCGGAGGAGGAAGAGCUGGCUUCCACCGAGCCACUCCUGCCGCCGCAGCCUUCCCACAACUUUGCCUCCCUGGCUGAGCAUGCUAACCUCCCGGCCACCGCUGUGCAGCCCCCUCUCAAAGAUGUGGGCGACUCGAGCCCCUUUGUGCUUUUUGAUAAACCCAAAUUCGAGGUGGAAUUAGAAACUGAGGCAGACAUUAGCCUGGAGGAGGCUGAAGAAGCAAGAGAGUCUCCUCUUAACAAGAGACUGAGCAUGAGCCUGAUCACCUACCAUGAGGGGGCAACUUCAUCCCAGAUCUUUGCUGAGGUGCACCAUGACAGCAUUUCAUCCCCAGAGCCGAGUGUAGUAGAAGUGGAGCCCCUCGGGGACGCUUUGAAUCAUUCCUAUGCCCAUCCUUCUAUCCCUGUUGAACUAGAGACCCCCGUUGAGCCUUCCCUCCCCUCUGAUUCAGAUGGUUCCCCAGCUCAGGUCUCCCCUGCACAGUCAGAGAAAACAGAGCCAUCUUCUGAAGAAACCAACAAGCUUCUUGAAGAAUCUUCUUUGCCUUCUGCACCAGAGCCACCAACUGUGCCCAGCCCAGAGCAGCCACAGCUCAGCACAGGCAUCCGCUGCCCCACCUUUGACCCAAAGAGCCCCAGUCAGGUGGUGUUCAAGCCGCAGUGGUUGGGAAAAGGUUUUGGCGCCACUGGGCUGCGAGCCAGAGGAGUGCAGGGUGGGAAAGGAGGCUCCUCCCCUCUUGCUGUCCGCAUGUCCGUGAAGAAAGUAACCGAGAACAAGCGACGGUCUGGAAAACUCAAGCAGAAAGGUACUGAAGGUCGCUCCCCACUGCAGAUCCUUAAGGGGACCAACUCACCCCGGAACCAACGUCCUCAGGCGAAGCUGAAGGUGUCCACCCCAGACAAGCAGAGACUGGGACAGAUUGAUCGCAGAGUGCUGGCAGUGUCUUUGGAUAAGGAGAACCGAUGAUUCACUGAAACGUGUACAGAAUCCGACCACUUUUAUAUCUCUUAAAACAAGCUUUUAUGUGUACAGCUUUCUUUUUAUUGAUUGUUGUCCUGUGUCUGUUUGUUUUAUUACUGCCGUUUUCUAUCCUUUUUUUGCUUGUAAAUAUAAAUUGUAUUCUUUGCUUUACAUCUUUGUAUUGGUUGUAAACUACUUCUGCUAUUGUUUGUCGUUUGUCAUUUGCUUUCGUUUUGUAUUUCGAUGUCUUUUUAUAACUUUAAUUUCUUAACCCAAUUGUAAAAUUCCUAUUCUUUAUUUUUUGCUCAAACGGAAUAAAAGCUUAAGACUAAA